AUGGAAGUUAAAGAAUGCAACGAUUUAGCUGAAGAAAAUCAAUUCAUUGUGGACGAUGUGAGUAAAAUUAUUAAAGAAGCUAUUGAAAAUUCAAUUGGAGGUACUGCCUAUCAACAUAACAAAGUUAAUCAAUGGACGUCAGCUGUUGUGGAGUCUUGUUUGGGUCAACUGACGAAGUUACAAAAACCUUACAAAUAUAUAGUGACUUGCACAAUAAUGCAAAAAAAUGGUGCAGGACUACACACAGCAUCUUCGUGUUUCUGGGAUAACAACACUGAUGGCUCAUGCACUGUGCGUUGGGAGAAUAAAACUAUGUACUGUAUUGUCUCUGUGUUUGGCCUAGGCAUCUAA